CUGCCCGCACCCAAGAUGGCCGCCGGGGCGCCCGCUGAGCGGCCGCGGCCCGCGCUGACCCCUCCCGCCCGCCGUAGCCCGAGUUUCCUUUCCAAGAUGGCGGCGCCCAGCGGGAGGAGCGGCCGGAGGGUGUGGGUCGCGCUGGUGCCCGCCGCCCUGCUGUGCCUGGCGGCCCGGGCGGCGGAGGGGCCCAGCACGGCCGACUUCGACGUGCGGCCCGGCGGGGAGGUCCACUCCUUCUCCCGGAGCCUGGGGGACUACACCUGCACCUUCACGUACUCAGCUCAGGGAGGGACAAAUGAGCAAUGGCAGAUGAACAUUGGAGUCAGCGAAGACAACCUGCUCUUUUCCUGCUCCGUCUGGAGGCCCCAGGGGAAGUCUUAUCUCUUCUUUACCCAGUUUAAAGCUGAAGUGAAAGGAGCCAAGAUAGAGUAUGCCAUGGCUUAUUCUCAAGCUGCAGUAGGUGGACAAAGUGACGUCCCCUUAAAACAGGAAGAAUUUGAAAUCACCGAGACAACAGUGUCUCACAGGGAAGGCAAGUUCCGUUUCGAACUGUCCAAACUCAUGAUUGUAGCAAAAACACCCCGUGACGAGCUGUGACCCCGGGGCCAGUGUUGGGCAGGGUGUUUUGGCCGGAAGAGCAUGGCAGAUAAAGAGGAUUACUUGUUAACUGCGGGGUUUUUUGGUUGGCCAAACCUUUUAUGUUUUCCAUACUGAAAUGUGCUAGGGUCCAACACAAGUGGGGCUUGGAGGUGUUAAGACAGAUGCAUUCUGUCUUGUGUCAGAGUAACAAUGUGCUUUGCAGCUGGAAACCUCCUCUGAGGCUCCUGAUCUGCAGCCAGCCAUUCUGUCGCCCGCUUUCUGCUUGGCUGAUCUGCUGAAAAUGGUAAAGCUCCCCUCAAAUGGGGCUCCUUAUCUUCCUUGCUAGGAAGAGCAAUGCAGAAAGAUAAGUGGCUGGAUUUAAACGCGGUUUGCUAAAGGAAGGUUGUUAACUCUCUAGUCUCUGGAGGGGAGAGAGGAUUUCUCUCUCUGCAGGCAUGACAGGAGGAAAUAAUUAAAUGGGGUGGGACGGAGAAGGGAGGGAUAGAGUUGGCCAAAGCUGUCCGACUCCUUGUUAAGUGCGGCUGCUGAAGACCAUCGUUGGCUUGGCUGGGGAGGAUGUUCUGGACCUGUCCUCGUGCAGGGCGCAGGUUGGGGUACCUUGACAGGGGGAAAGCAGAGCUGCUUAUUCUGACACAACCCAGGAAUCAAACCAAGCAACACUUUCAUGUCUCAGUACCACUGCAGGACUAUUUUCUACGUACAGAAGUGAUUUUUUUCUUAUAUAGAGUAAUAACAGUGGGGGAAUGUGGAAUUCCUUUCCUGUGUAAAUAACAGUGCAAAUAAAGAAAUAAAGCAUCGUG